AUGCUCGCAUAUGUUGUCGGAUUCCUCGCUAUAUGGGGGGUGGCAUAUGCCGCUCCUAGGCAAUCAUCUCCCACCGCCGCAGUCCGCAAUGGAACCUACACUGGUGUAUACAGCGCUGGGUACGAUCAAGAUUUCUUCCUUGGUAUGCCCUACGCCCAGCAGCCUGUCGGAAACCUGCGCUUUACAGUGCCACAGUCAUUGAACGAGAGCUGGAGCGAGGCGCGUAAUGCGAAAGAAUAUUCUGAUAUCUGCGUGGGGUAUGGGACGGAUUCUAUCUGGUAUCCCCAAUCUGAGGCUUGCUUGACCAUCAACGUCAUCCGCAGCUCGUCUGUCACCAAAAACUCAAAGCUCCCCGUAGGAGUCUGGAUCCACGGCGGUGGAUUCUUCGAAGGCUCAGGAUCGGACGACCGAUACAACAUGUCGGCGAUUGUUGCGAAUGCCGAGAAGAUUGGUAAACCGUUCAUCGCCGUCAGUCUCAACUACAGACUCUCAGCCUGGGGCUUCAUCAGCUCAAGUCAAGUCUGGGGCAGUGGAAAUACCAAUCUUGGACUGAGAGAUCAGAGGCUGGCACUUGAAUGGGUCCAGGAGAACAUCGCUGCCUUUGGUGGUGAUCCUAGCAAGGUUACCAUCUGGGGUGAAUCUGCCGGUGCCAUGUCAGUAGGUUAUCAUCUGACAGCAUAUGGAGGCCGAGACGACAAGCUGUUCCGAGCAGCAAUCAUGGAAUCGGGCGGGUCUAUUGCUGCUAAACCGUCCAACUACACUACAUUCCAGGCCACCUACGACGAACUGGUAUCUAAAGUGAAUUGUGGUGACGAAGCGGAUACGCUGCAAUGCCUGCGCGAAGUGUCUUUCGAGAUCCUCAAUUCGGUUCUGAAUGGUACCGAUGGCUCCUCUGACUAUAAUUUUUGGCCAGUGGUAGACGGUGACUUGGUUCAGAACUGGGGCAGUAUCCAACUGGAUGAGCACGAGUUCAUCAAGGUUCCUAUUCUCGCUGGCACUAACACAGAUGAAGGAACUGCAUUUGGUCCAACAGGAAUCAACACUACGGAGCAGUGGUAUGAAUAUCUGACUGAUGGUGAAUUUGACUUCCAGACGCCCCCGUCUGUUGCAAAGGAGAUCCUCAAGCUGUAUCCCGAUGAUCCAUCUCUGGGAAUCCCGGAAUUCCUCGGCGACAAGCGUGUCCCAUCAAUGGGCUACGAAUGGCGACGAACAUCCGCGUUCGCGGGUGACUUUACCAUGCACGCGAACCGCCGCCGCCAGUGUGAAGUAUGGUCGGAAACAUCUACACCGGCAUAUUGCUACCGCUUCAACGUACACUCAGCCGACGUACCACUCAUUGUGGGCGUAACCCACUUCGAGGAAGUUUCCUUUGUGUUCCACAACAUUGCCGGGAUGGGUUACCACUACGGAAAGCCAUUCGCCGGCGUACCACAGUCAUACAUUGAUCUCAGCACUAUGAUGACUAGCAUGUGGGCAUCCUUCAUCCACGACCUUGACCCGAACUCGGGAGUGGUGAACAAGUCGGUGCAUUGGGAGGCAUACGGGACAAACAAGCCCGUCGACCUGUUGCUGAAUGCCAAUACGACUAGCCACAUGGAGGCGGAUACGUGGCGCAAAGAAGGCAUUGAUUACAUCAUGUCGAACGCGAAGGCCUUCUGGAGAUAA